AUAUCUCUUUCCAAAUCGAUACAUUAAAAACAAAUGUCAAACAAAACCACGUGUUGUAGUCGACUGACAGUUCCAUAAAAAUAGAGUUCCAGUACCAAGCGGUCAAGAUUCACUUUUUUGGUUGAAGUUGAAACACUAAACAACCACAAAAUAUUUAUGAAAAGUUUAGGAAAUAGGCGGAAAUUCAAGAACUAUAACCGCUAUUGUUUUAAAAUUAAAAUGCAAAUUUUCAUAUUUUUUGGUUACAUGAUAUAAAUAUUCAUAAUGGGAUUUAUUGCUUUACAUUUAGGGGUAGGAACUUACAACGAUAAUAAUAAUUACGAUGAGUAUAAUGAAUUAUUAAAUAAGGCAGUUAUUAGUGCAAUUAACAUUUUACGAAAAGGUGGAACUGCGAUAGUUGCUUGUACAGCUGCUAUCAAAAUAUUAGAAGAUGAUCCAUUAGUAAAUUGUGGAUAUGGUUCAAAUUUAACAAUGGAUGGUACAGUUGAAUGUGACGCAUCUAUUAUGGAUGGUACUAAUAUGCAUUUCGGGGCUUGUGGUGCUGUAAGCGGUGUAAAAAAUCCAAUAGAACUUGCAUACAAAUUAUGUCAUAAUCAAUCGAAGGAAUCAAUUUUAGUGGCACCUUGUAUUCUGGUUGGUGAUGGGGCUUACCAAUUUGCGAUUAAUGAAGGUUUACCUUUAAUCGAAAAAGAAAAAUUAAUAUCAGCUAAAGCUUAUAAAGUUUAUAAAAAGUAUAAACGAUAUCUAAAUGAGUAUAAUAAUCAUAUAAAGAAACGUCAAGAAAGUGAAGAAAAUUCUUCAGAAGUAGUUAAACCAAAAAUUAAAGUGAUAGUCAAUACAAACAAAUUGUCACCCGUUAAAAAUUCUAAACGUAAAGUGGAAAUACUCGACGUGGAAAGUUCAACUAAAAAAAUGAAAGAUAACGAAGACGACUUAGAAAAUUCGGAUGAUUUAGAAAUAGGAAAAAGAUAUGAUACAGUUGGAGCGGUUUGUAUUGAUAAUAAUGGAUGUUUGGUGUCAGGUGUUAGUUCUGGAGGUAUAAUUUUAAAACAACGUGGUCGAAUUGGUCAAGCGUGCAUUUUUGGAGCGGGAAUUUGGUCUGAUGAAAAUGUGGCUGUGAGUACUACAGGUUGCGGGGAACAUAUUAUUAAAACAAAUUUGGCUAAAGAAAUUGCUGGUAAUGUAAUGGAUUCAGAAUUUAAUUUAGUGGAAACUUUAAAAUUGAAAUACACUGAUUCGCCAAUUUUAAAACAUGAGAAAAUGGAAAAAAUUGCUGGAGCUAUUGUUGUAAAUAAAACAGAAAAAAAUUGUGGAAUUUUUAGUUGGGGCCAUACAGAUAGACAUAUGGGUGUCGGUUAUAUGAGUACCGACGACGAUUCACCGAAGAUUUGUAUUUCAUCAGACUACGAAAAUAUCCAAAGUACUACCUUUUUAUACUAAAUAAUAAGUGUAUUUUCUCUAUAUGAGUUCAUUUUAAUUUG